GGUGCGCUCGUCCCUCGACCGCCGCUGCAACUCUCCUUUGCUUUCGCCUUCCAUUUGCAUCGCGACCUGCCCCGCUACACGGCCGAACCCGCCCGCUCUCCCCCGUACCUCCGUACCUCCGCACCGAUUCGCAACCACCCACCAUGGGCGACCUCCAGGGAAGGAAGGUCUUCAAGGUCUUCAACCAGGACUUCAUCGUCGACGAGCGAUAUACCGUCACCAAGGAGUUGGGCCAGGGCGCCUACGGCAUUGUCUGCGCUGCCGUCAACAACCAGUCCACCGAAGGUGUCGCUAUCAAGAAGGUCACCAAUGUCUUCAGCAAGAAGAUUCUCGCCAAGCGCGCUCUGCGCGAAAUUAAGCUGUUGCAGCACUUCCGCGGCCAUCGCAACAUCACCUGCCUGUACGACAUGGAUAUCCCGCGACCCGACAACUUCAACGAGACCUACCUGUAUGAGGAGCUGAUGGAGUGCGAUUUGGCUGCCAUCAUCCGUUCCGGCCAACCCCUCACCGAUGCUCACUUCCAGUCUUUCAUCUACCAGAUCCUCUGCGGUCUCAAGUACAUUCACUCAGCCAACGUCCUGCACAGAGAUCUCAAGCCCGGAAACCUGCUCGUUAACGCCGACUGCGAGCUGAAGAUUUGCGAUUUCGGUCUGGCCCGAGGCUUCUCAGUCGACCCCGAGGAGAACGCCGGAUACAUGACCGAGUACGUCGCUACUCGAUGGUACCGAGCGCCCGAGAUCAUGCUGAGCUUCCAGAGCUACACCAAAGCUAUUGAUGUGUGGUCCGUUGGCUGCAUUCUGGCCGAGCUUCUGGGAGGACGACCCUUCUUCAAGGGCCGCGAUUAUGUGGACCAGCUUAACCAGAUUCUUCACAUUCUCGGAACCCCCAACGAGGAGACUCUCCGCCGCAUCGGCUCUCCCCGUGCCCAGGAGUAUGUUCGCAACCUGCCCUUCAUGCCCAAGAAGCCGUUCCCCAGCCUGUUCCCCAACGCCAACCCUGAUGCCCUCGACCUCCUCGACAAGAUGCUCGCCUUCGACCCCUCGUCCCGUAUCAGUGUCGAGCAAGCCCUUGAGCACCCCUACCUCCAGAUUUGGCACGAUGCUUCGGACGAGCCCGACUGCCCGACCACUUUCAACUUCGACUUCGAGGUCGUCGACGAUGUUGGUGAGAUGCGCAACAUGAUUCUUGCCGAGGUGGAUCGAUUCCGACAGAUGGUCCGUACCGCUCCCGGCGCCGGUGGUGCUGCUGGCGCUCCUGUUCCUGGCGGCCCUGGCCAGGUCCCUCUGCCCCAGGGUGGCAACCAGUGGACUGUUGAGGACCCCCGACCACAGGAGUAUGUCGGUUACUCCAACGGUCUGGAGCAAGAUCUCCAGACCGGUCUCGAUGCUGGAAGGAGGUAGAAGGUCAUGCGAUGAGAGCCAAGCAUUUGGAUGACGAAAGGUCUUCAGUUCUAGAGAAGGGACAGUGAAGGGAUACACGGGAGUGUGGUCGUUAGGCAGACGACAACCAAAGUUGGGUAAUUUCAGUUUCGCAUGCAAGAAACAGAACCAAGUCACACCAGGACAGUCGAGGUGCUGCGCCCGGGUGAUCCCCGAUGAAGAAGAGGAAGAGAUUGCGUGGCAGCUUGGAUACCAGAGGAGGCGGCCCAAGGGGCAAACAAAAGGCUUCUUGCGGGACGAGGACUACACUUCCCCGCCCCUUUUUCCCACGGAAUACGAGAUGAAUACUAUUUCUUGAGUUUUAUUU